CAAAUGACAUACCCAGAGCCUAUGGAGACAGAACCCUUGAUGUCUGAUAAGAAGUCUGAAUAUACAUUCACUGAACGUGAAGCAAAGGACCAAGAGUACGACAUUGACAUGAUGGGGAGACAGGAGACAGAUAGGGAAAGACAAGGUGAAGGUGCAAAGCCAGACUCCAAACAAGAAGUUAAAGAGGUGUGCACUGCUCCCGGGAAGACUAGUGCAGCAUCUGGGCUCCCAGGUUCUCUGGCUAACUACGUCCCAAUAGUUUCCUCCAAGCAGCAUCAGCAGUAUGAGCAGGAGUUUAGAGUAGAAUAUGAUGAAUAUCAGGGCUUGUAUGCCAAGAUGCUGACUUUAUCUAGAGUAUUUAUUAACCUAGAUUCAAAGAGGAAGCACCUUUCUCCAGACUCAAAAAAAUAUCAAGAUAUUAAUAAGAAAAUCUCUCUAGAAUAUCAGAAGAUGAAGCAGAUUAAUCCCAAUUAUUAUGCAGAAAAACAUAGAUGCCAGUAUCUUUAUAACAAGCUGGCUCACAUUAAAAGAUUAAUAAAUGAUUAUGACCAGCAGCAUAUAAAAUCAUAGCAAUGGAACAGAGCUAGUAUCAGAAUAAAUACAUAUAAUCUUAUUUAUUUAAAAUUCUGAAUUGCUUGCUCUAGGAUUCUAAAGGGAUAAAACCACUUUGUUGAAACAGUAGUACCAUUU